AUGUCACCUCAAUACAAACUCUAUCACUCUCACACACCCAUGGCAAAACUCGGUUCCAAAACCAAAUCCUCUCCAUGGUCCUCAAACGGUUGCAUCUUUCUUGCAGGAGCAAUGUCAGCUCUUGUUCUAAUCUUGGGCCUCUCCUCUUUCAUCACCCCAAUCCCAAACACCAACCCCAAAUUCAACUCCAUCCACACUAAUCUCAAAUCCUUAAACAUUACCACAAACUCAAAAGCCUCUCCUGAUUUGUUACAUGACCCUUCAGACAAAACAUUCUAUGACGAUCCAGAAACAUGUUACACCAUAGACAAACAAAUGAAAAAUUGGGACGAGAAGCGUAAUCAGUGGCUACUCCAUCAUCCUUCAUUUGUAACCAGAGCAGAUGAAAAGAUACUCGUUAUAACCGGUUCGCAGCCGGGAAUGUGCGAGAACCCCAUCGGGGACCAUCUCUUACUCCGGUUCUUCAAGAAUAAGGUUGAUUACUGUCGUUUACACAACUACGACAUAGUCUACAACAAUGCAUUGUUGCACCCCAAAAUGAACUCUUACUGGGCCAAGUAUCCUGUGGUUCGGGCCGCGAUGUUGGCUCAUCCGGAAGUCGAGUGGAUAUGGUGGAUCGACUCAGACGCAGUCUUCACCGACAUGGAGUUCAAACUACCGUUAAACCGUUACAAGAAUCACAACCUUGUGAUCCACGGUUGGGAGGAGUUGGUUAAGAAAGAACACAGCUGGACGGGGCUAAACGCCGGAGUUUUCUUGAUUAGAAACUGUCAAUGGUCGUUGGAUUUCAUGGAUGAGUUAGCGAGCAUGGGCCCAAAUAGUCCAGAAUAUGAAAAAUGGGGGGAAAGACAAAGAGCAAUAUUCAAAACAAAAGAGGUACCUGACUCAGACGAUCAAACGGCGCUAGCUUACAUAAUCGCGAUGGGAGAAGAGAAAUGGACGGCGAAGAUUUACAUGGAGAAUGAGUAUUAUUUUGAAGCGUAUUGGUUGGAGAUUUCAAAGAUGUAUGAUAAAAUGGGCGAGAGAUAUGAAGAGGUGGAAAAAAAGGUGGAAGGGUUGAGAAGGAGACAUGCUGAGAAAGUUAGUGAACAUUAUGGUGAAAUGAGAGAGGAAUAUGUUAAGGAUUUGGGGGACAUGAGGAGACCUUUGAUUACUCAUUUUACAGGGUGUCAGCCUUGUAAUGGGCAUCAUAAUCCAAUGUAUAGUGCUGAUGAUUGCUGGAAUAGUAUGGAGAGGGCUUUGAAUUUUGCUGAUAACCAGGUGCUGCGUACGUUUGGUUUCUUUCAUUCGAAUCUGUUGGAUAAAUCUGUUUCUCCAUUACCAUUUGGAUACCCUGCUGCACCAGCAUAA